AUGCUCGAAUCCAUCUUUGAGCCUAUCGCCGAUGCGGCCGGCGCUCCGAUCGACUACAUCAAGCUCUUUAGCUGUUUGCUCCUAGCAUUUCCACUAGCUGCAGUCUUUCCAUACCUCCCAAGUCCAGCAGCGAAACAUUUCUACAGCAUAGGAGUAUCGUUCAUCUUCCUUGUGCCUCUUCUCAACCUCUGCUCUGGUUUCCUCCAGCUGGUCGGCUCAGCUUUGCUGACUUACUACAUCUGCAUCUUCAAGGUCGGAGGCAAGAACAUGCCUUGGCUCGUUUUCGCGCUGCAAAUGGCUCAUCUCACCUACAACCACGCUGUGCGCAAGUUUGGCGGCAUCCCACUCUCCACGAUUGAAAUUACGGCCAUGCAGAUGGUAGCGGUGAUGAACUUGUCCACUUUUGCUUGGGAUUGCUACGAUGGUCAGAUUCGCACCCAAGAGCAAUGUGAUGAUGCGCAAAAGAAGAGUCGCAUCACCGAGAUGCCCUCUGUGCUGGAGUUUUUGGGUUAUGCUUUCUACUUUCCUGGUGUUCUCAUCGGUCCUUCCACCCGUUUCGUCGAUUACCGAGCCUGGAGCACCGGCCAACUUUUCGCUUCUCCCAAAGGUAAGGAGAAAGCCAUCGCGACCUCUGGCCCUGAUUGCUACCCUCGCGGUCGCAUCUUUGCCUCUCUCCGCCAACUCACCGCUGGCCUCGUCUUCAUGGCUAUCUACACCCUAUUCGCCCCAGCUUACUCGUACGAAAAGCUCAUCGGCCUUCACGGUGGACUCUCGCAUCUCGCCUGGUACCAAAAACUCAUCUGGAUGCAAAUCGCCGGCUUCAUGGCCCGCACCAAAUACUACGGCAUCUGGUCACUCACCGAUGGAGCUUGCAUUCUAUCGGGCCUCGGUUACAACGGUAUCGAUGGCCAAACGGGCCAAACGAAAUGGAAUCGAUGUCGCAACAUCGAUAUCCCCAAAAUCGAAUUCGCCAACAAUUGGAAAGAACUUCUGGAUCAUUGGAACAUGAACACCAAUGUAUGGCUCCGUAACAACGUCUACAAACGCAUUGCUCGUCCAGGCAAGAAACCAGGAUUCAAAUCGACCAUGACUACCUUUUUCACUUCCGCCUUCUGGCACGGAUUGGAACCGGGUUACUAUCUCUCUUUCAUCCUUGCUGCUUUCAUGCAAUCUGCGGCCAAGAUGUUAAGGAGACACCUUCGACCGAUUUUCUUUGCUCAACCUAACGUUGCCAAUCCCACCUUUUCCAACGUCUCGACUUACUCGCCUGAGCAGUUGCUGUAUUGUAUAGCGAGCGUGAUCGUUUCGCAGCUUACGCUGAAUUAUGCGGUGGCGCCGUUUAUGCUGUUGGAGUUGAAAGCUUCCAUUGCGGCAUGGAAGGCGGUUUACUUUUAUGGACAUGUGUUGACCUUUUUAGCGAUCAUGGCCUUCCAGAAUGGCUUGGGAAACGCGUUGGAUAGGAAGAGUGGCAACGUGAACAGUAAGAAGAGGGCGGAGGAGGGCGGGAGAGCUUUCGUCUCGGGCUUCACCACGCAUACCGAUUCGGAUGCGGAGGCCUUAUUGAGCAAUAGAACGAGCAAUGGUGGAGGCGGACGAGGUAAGAAGGAUGCAUUGGAUGAAGAGGCGAAAGAGGUGACUGCGUUGGCUCCUGAGCCUAUAUCCUAA